AUGCAGGCUUCCACGAGUGCCCCUGAGGCAAGCGGAGGACACGCGACGAGGAGACAUGCAACCCAUUUGUCGAUCAGCGACCCUAGCCACCAUGUAACGGAGGCGAUCGGGCACAUGUACGACGAUGACUACGACCGUGAUCUUAGGCGUUUGAGCUAUAUAUCGUCUCCCCAUGCCGAGUCUAUCACCACUAUUCCGCGAGGAGCCGCCAAUUCCGAGCUUUCCCAGGCAUCCCAACAAAAUUCACCGGUCGAGGGUCAAAAGCAGACAAAUGGACAUCUCCGCCCGCCACUGGUCUCCCCUCGGUCCUUUGAUCGAAGUAGCGAUCCCGGCUCGCCCGAGCUAACUCGAUCUCCCUCAGAAACCGCGAGGUCCUCCUUCCCUCUCAACGAUGUGGACUACGAAUCAGAUCCCGCCGCGGUAGUCCAGGAACUGAACAACCUUGCAGCCAUUCGGCGCAUGUCGAUGGAUGUCGCGGCUGCUGGCGAUCCCGACCUUCCAUCGUUUGGCAGUAACCUUUCCAUUCCACCCAGUCCACCCUCUCCCUCCGCCGAUGAGAACGAUGCGUCACGGUUGUUUUGGGUUCCAGCGAGUUUACAUCCAGAGUUGGCCCCCGGGGAGUUCAAGUCAUUUCUCGAGAGCAAAGCCGAUUUGAUCAAACGGAAAUCGGGCGACUACUCCUCUCUCGGACCGGAACGACCAGGGUCCCAAAGCAGUCUUCGUCGGAAGCGGUCGAUGUUGUCAAAGCAGAUAGAUAACUCUGCUGGUUAUACAGAUGGUGCAGAGCGGCUGGAGCGCCAACGUUCGCAAACAAGUAGGCGAGAUGGGAUGCUGGGUCCGAACCUGCAAGAGUUAGAAACUCUGGUUGAUGAUUCUUCGUCAAAUAAAGAUACAUUGAUCCGGGAUAUGCAAAAUGCAAGCAUUAAUGCAAACGAGGAUAGGCCCAUUCUACCGCCAGCGCCCCCAGGACAUAGCUUGCGGCGGUCAACUCGAACACAGUACCGCAAGGGUAGCUUGAAAAAGGGCGAGAAACCACCUUAUUCCAAACGAAUAGGCCGGGGCCUCUCGGAAUCUGCGGACUCGGCUCCAGCGAUUGUUCCCUCGCCCGAUGACAAAGCCAUACUGGGUCUCACUCGAGUAACAUCGGAUUCCGCCCCAGCAACUCGAACAGCCAAGACCCCAUUACCACCAUCCCGAGCUGCAGCCCACACUCCGGCUUCUACGAACAGUCCAGGAUUCGACUCAACCCUUGACAACCCAGAAGCCGAACAUGGAGCCAUGUCAGCUGGUGCACAACCGGAUGCCGCGUUCAUCCAAUCAGACGCCGAAGCGCAAGCGAACGUUGCUCGACAAUGGCAAUCACAUCCCAAUUCCAACGGCCAAUCUACCAAUACACCAUCCAUUGAACCAACUAUCCCCUCUAUUGUCGAACCGCAAGCCACCGAACCUAGUCGCUCAUCACAUAUCCCGCCAUCACAAUCUAGUCACUCAUCGGACCGCGAUGCCACAUCCUCAUACUCACCCAAGUCAACGAAUUCGUCCAUGGAUUCGACCCCCGGCAAACGAUCAUUAAUGGGGCCGAGUCGACAGGGCCGAGAAACAACCCCGACUCUCAAUGAUUUUGCCAAUAACCCCCAGAUGAUACCCGGAAACAGCACUCGUACGGACAGCCUAUCAUUCAUUCCGACCAUUCCUGAAGAGCGCAGAUCCGAAGACCGCAAGGCAGAGGGCAAGAAGUCCAAAAAAGAGAAGGAGAAGGAGAAGAACGAUGGCGGCCGCAAGUCAACCUGGCAUUGGGUGAAAGAAAUGAGAGGCGAAGAGAAGGAGAAGAAGAAGGAAAGAGACAGUGACUCAAGAAAAGCCAAGUCGAAGAUUGCCGACAAGGGUUACAGCAGCAGUACGCGCUCCGAUCCACCAUCCCAUUCCUCCUUGGACAGCACCCCCAAAGGCCGUGCAAGUCUCAUUAUUGACCGCCUUGACCCCAAAUUGGAGGAAGAGCGACGGAAGGAUGGUGCUCGAAGAGCCUCGGGGGACAAAAAAGAGAAGGAUGGCAUAUUUUCUUCGAUAUUUGGUGGUGGGAGGAAAAAGCAUAGCGGGGAGAGUUCUCAUCACCGAAAGAACUCAUCUCGAAACCUGUCUCCCGACCCCCCGAUGCGCGAAUUUCGGCCAGAUGUCGACUACCCUUGGACUCGUUUCUCCAUUCUGGAGGAACGAGCGAUCUACCGCAUGGCCCAUAUUAAGCUGGCAAAUCCUCGCCGAGCUCUUCAUUCCCAGGUGUUGCUGAGUAAUUUCAUGUACUCGUAUCUGGAAAAGGUGCAGCAGAUGCAUCCCCAGGUGGCGGGUUCCUCUGGAUCAUCCAGAUCAUCCAGAUCUCGAGAACGUGAAAGAGAACGAGAACAGCAACCAGACGAGUACCUUCAAUAUCAGCGAUAUCAAGAAGCGCAAGAGCAGCAGCAACAACAACACUACGGGGAGACUGCAUAUGAUGAAGCGUCCAUGUACGACUACGAUGAUGAUCCACGCGAUCGCUACCAGGCCCACGGGCAUGAUAAGCAUGGCUACGAAAACAGCCAUUCUUACGGCUCGGACCAUUACCAGUAUGGGCAUUCGUCCUUUGGUGACGAUGUGCAACUGGACGACGACGAUGACGAUGAUAUGUGGUGA